AUGAUGGACUCUUUUGUACUUUCCAGUAAAGACUGUACUUCCUGGCAAGGGCUCAUGCUCACAGUCUCCCUUUUAACCUGCUGGCUGCUUCCCACUACUGCCAAGAUCACCAUUGAAUCAAUGCCUCCCAUUGCUGUUGAAGGGGAAGAUGUUCUUCUGUUUGUGCAUAACUUGCCAAAGCAAGUUAAAGCCCUUUCCUGGUACACAGGAGUUGCAGCACUCAAGAGUUGUGAAAUUGCAAGACAUGUGAUAGCUACCAAUUCUAAUGUGGUGGGACUUGCACACAGUGGUAGAGAGACAAUACUCAACAGUGGAUCUCUGGUGAUCAAGAGUGUCACCAGAAAAGACUCUGGAUACUAUACCCUACAAAUACUUCUUGAUUCAAUCUCAAGACCUAAAGUAAUGCAUGCAGAAUUCUUUGUACACAGCCCACUUUUUAGCUACAAGCGUCAUCUUACCCCUCCUCAACUCAAAAUUGGGUUGGUGCCAUAUAUUGUUGAAGAAAAUGACAAUAUUUCUCUGCUCGCUUAUAAUCUGCCAGAGAAACCUCAAGGCUUUGCCUGGCACAAAGGAGUACUUCCACUUGACCAUUUGAAGAUAGCAAGCCAUUCAUUUUUAACCAAUUCAACUAUGCUGGGGCAUGCAUAUUAUGACAGAUUGAAAGUAAGCAACGUUGGAUCCCUGAUGCUUUUGAAUGUCACAAAGAAAGACGCAGGGAUUUACACCCUACGAACCAUAUCUGUAGAUUUGAAAUCAGAAUGGGCCAUAUUGGACCUCCAAGUAAACAAACCUGGAAGUCGGGCUUCACUCUUUUCAAAGACCAACAAGUAA